AACGUAUACAAAAAAUAUGUCUUGACAGGUUCGUUAUUACAUAGUAACUGAUUUGUAUUAUUUUAAAAUCCAAAAAAAAUAAAUUAAUCAUGCCGGCAGUAAUCGUCGGUCCUCCUCAACGUAGCGAACAAAUGUGGCGAGCAUUAAAAGCUCACAUUACAAGAGAAAGGCAACGGAAGAAACAAGAACAGGAAGCAGAUGCAGAAGAAGAACGGUUAAGGAAAGAAAGAGAACGGCAGCAAAAACAAGAUGUAAUGACUUUAGGUGAAACUAGAGAACAAAUAUCAAACCUAGAAAAUGAGCUUUCGCAAUUAAAAGAUGAAAAGCAUCAAUUAUUCUUGCAACUGAAGAAAGUUUUAAAUGAAGAUGAUAAUAGAAGACGGCAAUUAAUCAAAGAAACAAGUGUAUGUUCUGAAGUAUUAACAGCAGUAGGGGGAUACCCUGGAGCAGGCCCUAGAGUAGUUCAUCCACAAUUGUUUCUUCCUUUACCAAGAAGCAAUAGUCCACUUUACAAAGUAGCUGUAGGUGCACCAGCACAUACUUUAUUACCAACUGGGCCAUUAAAGAGGACACAUAGUCCAUCACCACCUCCAACAGCCUCCCCAUACCAUGCUGGUUAUGGAUACAAACCAACACCUUCAAUACCAAACUAUAAUCCUCCACCUUCCAAUGUUUGUGCCUGUAUAGAAUCUGAGGAAGCAGCUAGGAGAUCUGGCGAUUCCCGAGCUGUUCUCUGGAACAAAAAUAAUCAAUACUCCGCCUCCAAUUUUUAUUCAGCCCCUACUGGUCAAAGUGUUUAUAGUUAUUCUGCAUCAACAUCGCAACCGUCCCGCGAACCUGAACCAACUAAAUCGGUAUAUCUCUCAGGCAAUAGAGCAACGUUAUCGACACAUCAAUCUGCAUAUGUUACAAGUUUGCAUUCAUUGGACCACAAAGGUGCCUAUGCAGAAGAUAAAUUUUAUUUAAGGCCAAGUAGUCAUGUUACUGUUCAUGGCGGGGCUAUUCCAAUUCAGCAACCUCCACAGGGUGCUAAAACUGGAGGAAUUACAUCAGGAUAUCCAGUAAGACCACCGCAACCACCACCAGCUCCAUAUCCACCACCACCACCAGGUACAUAUGUUAGCGCUUCUGGUGCUAAUGUUCCUGGACGAUUGUUAUAUACCCAACCUGGAGCUCGUUAUCUCCAGAGAGAUGUUUAGAAUAUGACUGAUCACAGAUACUUUUGAGACAAACUGAGGUAACUGAUUGUAUUAUUUAUGUUUCACAACCAUCACCAUACAAUAUUAUUGAAAAAUAUUUGAAAAUGGGUAUAUUUAUCAAUUUCAUAAAAAUAUUGUAAAAAGAAAUAUUUUAUAUGUUGUUACCUAAACACUAUAGUACUUGUAAAAUGUAUAGUUACAAGAUCUAUAUGUCGGGUUUUCAUUAUGAGUAGGGUUAGGGGCGUGUAAUGAAUCUUUAUUAGGACUAGAUAUUAUAGUCAUGCAAUAAAGAAGAUAUUUACUGGUAUAAAUAUGAUGAUUACAGAAUUUGACAAUGAACCGCGGUUAUGUUUAGUGACUAAUCGUCACUUCGAGGCUAAGCUCAUUAUCACAAAUCUCGAGCAAAUAUAAUCGGAUUAAAUCCUAAGCAAUUAUUUGAGUACAGCUAUGAUAAACUUUAGACUAAAGUAUUGGGAAUUUUCCCAAAAUUUCCAAAGAGAAGGCACAGGUGUUUUUUCAUCUCCGACAUAUAGAUAUAUUCCAGACAGUAGGUGCAACAUUUUUAUUUGUAUAUAUACUUUAUUUUAUAUUAUAAACGAUUUUGCAGAUCACAGUAAAAAAUAUUCAGUUAUACAGCAAA